GGGGGAGACAGGGCUGACUGUCUUCCCUCCCGCCCCUUGCAUCUUUCUAAGAAUGCGCAAGCAUGAGACUAGUCUACGUCAUAAGGCCAAACCUUGAGCAGUUUCAUCUCUGUCCCACGGGUUAUCACUACUUGAACUUUAACUCGCUUGAAGCAGUAGCCUAAAGAGGUCAAGAAACUGCCGUCGGCAUAGAUUGAGCAGGUUUCACUGCGGACAUUGGUUCAAUGUAUGGUAUCGGUUGCAUAUUGAGGCAGACAAUAAUGUAGUCGCUGAGGCAUGCCCUUCAACUUUGACUUCUGGUUUUCAAGUGUAGCCUAGAAUACAGCCUAUGCGUAAUUCUGGAUGACUUGCUGGCUUUUAUUAUGACAAGGAGGCUGUACUCCUUCCAAGAGCGCGCAGUAUCUGUAUUUAGUCUGUUGGAGUCUGCUUGAAGUGAGUGUGAUAUACCCAUUGUCAAGCUGGACUGGUCUGGACGCACAGUAAAAGUCAACUAACCGGUUAUUUUAAACUGACUUCAUCUUUUCGUUUAUGUAUUUCGGUUUAACAAAGGUUAGGAAAGCUUUCCACACCGCUUGAUUCGUAUUUUACCUUUACGCACAACGUCUGAAUUGAUUUCACGUGAGAGCCUGGGUGUGUACAAUGGCUGUGGCAUGGGAGAAAUUCGAGUCGUUUCACCAGUGGAUUUUAGAGAAUGGAGACAAAAGAACAGAUCCAUGGCUCCUGGUGUAUUCUCCUGUACCCGUGAUCUGCACCUUUGCAGUGUAUCUCGGUGUGAUAUGGAUUGGACCCAAACUGAUGAAGGACAGAGAGCCAGUCAAUCUCAAAAUUGUCCUCAUUGUGUACAACUUUGCAAUGGUGCUUUUGUCUGUAUACAUGUUUCACGAGUUUCUGAUGGCUUCCUGGUUGGCCAACUAUAGCUACCUCUGCCAGCCAGUGGACUAUAGCACAAGCCCCUUGGCAAUGCGGAUGGCCAGUGUGUGCUGGUGGUUCUUUUUCUCCAAAGUCAUUGAGCUGGCCGACACGAUCUUCUUCAUCUUGAGAAAGAAGAACAACCAACUGACCUUUCUCCAUGUGUACCACCACGGCACUAUGAUCUUCAAUUGGUGGGCUGGGGUGAAGUACCUUGCUGGAGGUCAAUCUUUCUUCAUAGGUCUUCUGAACACCUUUGUCCACAUAAUAAUGUACUCCUACUAUGGCCUGGCAGCGCUGGGGCCUCACAUGCAGAAGUACCUGUGGUGGAAGAGAUAUCUCACCUCACUACAGCUGCUGCAGUUCGUCCUGCUGACCCUCCACACCACCUACAACCUGUAUGCAGACUGCGACUUCCCCGACGCCAUGAAUGUAGUGGUGUGCACAUACCUCCUCAGCCUCAUCGUCCUCUUCAGCAACUUCUACUAUCAGAGCUACGUCAGCAGGAAGGGCAAGAGGAAGGAGACAUAAUAUCCAAAUACAGGGAUUCCAGCUCAGGAACACAACUCAAUUUUGAGGACAUUGCCACUGUGCCUUCUGAAUGCCUUGAAAAGAAAUACACUGGAUGUAAUUUGUUUGAGGGGCCGGGACAACUGUGGGGAAAGUUCUUUCUAAUAUUAAACAUGCUCUGACUAACAAAAUGUGUCUUUUUAG